UUGGUUGUGUGCGGUGCCGCAAGCAGUACAUUAUGAUACCAUUUGACAACUGUGUAGAUAAUAGGUACUAUAAUAUUAUAUAAGAAUUUUUCCUUUAUUUGUAUGUUAAAAGUGGAGAUGAAAUUAAAUUAAAUUCGACUAUCAAACACCAUACAACGAUCUUGUGUGUUCGAAGUAUUAUUGUGUAAGAAUGAUAACGACUUCAAAGUAUUUCAUGAGUAGCAGCAACGUUAUGCUGUUAAUUAUUUUGCAAUACUGCAUUGUGUUACCAAGCGGCAACUGUUUAAAAUUUGUUCACACUGUUGAUUAUUCGAUCAAAAACCAAGAUCCAACGUUAAAAGAAAUUCAUUUUUCUUACAACAAACUUAAGAUUUACAAUAUAUCAAAUCACGUAUUUUAUUGGCUCUAUACCAGAGAACAACCCAACGGUCAGCUUUUAAACAUGAACGAUCCGUCCAUGAUAAAAUCGACAAACUUUAAUGUCAAAAAUCCGAUAAAAAUUUUAGUGCACGAUUGGCUUGGCAGUUUCCAAGAAAAAGAAUACUUUUGUACAGACGUAGUGAAAGCUUAUUUAAGCGCAAAACGGUGCAACGUGAUUUGCGUGGAUUGGAUGCAGUUCUCAUUUGAGCUAAUGUAUACAUCGGCAAAAAUCAAUGCUAAACACAUCGGUUAUGAUAUAGCUAAGGUUUUGAACAUUUUAACGAACAAUAUGAGUGUAGGGUCUGAUAAUAUCCACUUGAUAGGUCACGGUAUGGGUGCACAUAUCGUCGGAUACACUGGGAAAAAGUUAAACGGUCAAAUUCCUCGGAUAACCGGAUUAGAUCCUGUGAUGCCAUUAUACAUAAAUACUGGUCCGAAAUACAGGAUCAAUAAAGAUGAUGCGACAUUUGUAGACAUUAUACAUACAAAUGGAAAUAGCCUCGGAUUGUUUGAGCCAUUAGGUCAUAUAGAUUUUUACCCGAACGGAGGAAAAUCACAACUGAACUGCAAAAUAUUAGAUAAAGUUACCGGUGGUGCGUGCAGCCAUGCCAAAGCUUUAGAGUACUUCGCCUACUCAAUAUUGACUGAAGAAGUAUGCAAAGCGUAUCAAUGUACCAGUUGGAACGAAUAUAAAACGGGCAAGUGCAGUAAAUUCGUCAACAGUACAUACAUGGGCGAGCAUGUGGACAAAAAACAAACCGGAAGUUAUUAUUUAUGAAUUUGAAUUUCGACAGCGUACCGUACCAUAAUAAUUAUAGGUCGACGCAAACGUUUCGGAUAUGUUUAUAGAUUAUAGAUGGACCCGAAUACUAAAACUGUAUUGUCGUGAUCAUCACAAUAAACCACAGCAAGUGAAUAAACGCAUUUACAUACAACUAGGGCUCAUCAUUUGUAAAGUGUAAUAUACAUUUUAUUGUUAUUUUUACCUGUUAAAAGUGAAUAAUAAAUAUCAAGUGUAAGUUGAA